AUGAAUUCAAUCUAUAGUUCGAGUGAAACCAAUAGUAGUGUUUCCUUAGAAGAUUAUAAAAAUCACCUAAUUACACAACAUCAAACAAAUAUAAGUCAAUAUGAUAAUGAACAGCACAUGUAUCAUUCCCAUUCUUUUUCCUCCUCAAAAUCAGAUCCAAUUUUAGAAAAUACUCCUUUAAUAAUAGAAGGUGAACCUAAUAUUAUUCAAAGUCCAAUUUUUGAUAAUGAUAAAACUCCAGUCUUAAAUAAUUUUGGUUUUUCAAAUGAUUAUGAUACUCCAGUUCAAGAAAGUAUGUCCAGUUAUACAAUUGGAUCUAGGAAAUCUAUUGAUGAUCCUUUUAAAUCUCCAACUUCAAUUAAUAAUCUAAGUUUCAGUACAAAAGGUUCUCUUAGAAGAAAACCACCACCUGAUUUACUUGAUCAAGAGAAUGCUGCACCUUCUGAUGAAACUCAAACUACCACGUACGAAACUGAUAGACCAAAAUUAUCAACCAAAUUCAAAAGAUUGUCAAUGAAUAACUUCAACAACUUAGGGUUAAAACUAGACUCAUUCAAAAGGUCGACUAGUAUGAGAUUGUUAUCUCCGAGCAAAUCUCCAGAAAGCGAUCAACAUAAAUAUUCAGUAAGUGAAGAGCCAAAAACGUCACAUCAACUACAAUCUCCAAUAUUUGAUCCUUUUGCUAAAAUGAGUCCUGUAAAUCUGUCAUCACUAGAUCCACGACAACAAUCAUUACCACCAUUUUGGAAAUACCAUAUACUAAAAUUCGGAAAAGAUUUGUAUCUUACGACUAACCCUGGCACAAAACAUGUGUUUUGUAGGAAUGGUCCAGGUUUUUAUAUCGAAAUUAUCAAUAAUUCAGACGACUCAAAUAGCUCCAAAAUUAAUUCCAAAGAUGGGUAUACAUUAAUUUUUAAAGAUUCAGACUCAAUUGAACAAUUAUCUAAAAAAUCGUUAAUGACAAUUACAAAAAAUGCUGAAAAAGAAGGUGGAUCUUUCGUAUUCAGUAUACCAAAAGACAAAUACGUUGAUGAUGAAGGAAAUGUAGAAAAAUACGAAGAUUUAACAUUGUAUAAUGGUGUAACUUUUCAGCUGCCAAUAAGUGAUGAAUAUUUCCCAUACAAGAAUUUAAGAAAUAGACCAGAAUUUUUCAAAAAUUAUGAAAUAAAAGAUUUGCAUAAGCAAAAAUGGAAUAUAGGAUCAAUACCAAGAGUAAGAUUGAGUAAAAUGAACCAAAUGAGAGAAAGAAUCAAGAGAUCAAGUUCUGAUAAUCAAAAUGAUGAAUUGAAAUUAGUCAAUAAACGUAACAUUUAUUUCCAUCAAAAUUAUAUCACUGGUGAAGGUAGUAAAUAUAAAGAACCAAAUCCAAGAAACAUAUAUCUGAAUGAAUCAACAAAUAUAAAAUUCCCACCAGUACUAAGUAUGUUUAGACCGUUUGAAAAUAGAAUAAAAAAACUGUUUUUACAAAUGGCAAAAAAUCAACAGAAUUCAGCAAAUAUUACAACACAGUCAAACGAUAGUACUGGUGACUCAAAAGACAUCAACAGAUACUAUAAUGGUAGUGAUGGAUUGUAUUAUCUGAGAAAUACUCAAGAUGAUACUCCAGAUGAGAAUAAAUUAGGUUGGAUUACUAUUUAUGAAGAUGAUGAAAUUUUUAAAGGUGCGGAGAAUAGAGGUAUGUUUGAUAUUGUUUUAGGAUUGACUUUAGCAAUUGGAUUUGAUUCAACUUUAAAGUAA